AUGCUGGCGUCCAGGGACGCGGCCGCUGCCGCGCGCCGCCCCGCCGGGCGGCCCGCCCCCGGCGUCGCUUUUGACGGCCGCGCGCUGGCGCUGGCGGGCGGCGGCGCGCUGCAGGCGCUGCGGUCGCCAUCGUACGCAGCGGUGUGCGAGGUCACUCUGAGCGACGUCGACUUCCGCCACGUCGUCGCCGCCAUGCCCGCGCUCGAGGCACUCCAGCGGCUUACGCGCCUGGCGCUGCACCGCACCCGCGUCGCGUCGCUGCCGGCGCUCGACACGCUGCUGCGGCUGCCGCGGCUGCGCGAGCUCGAGGUCGGCGGCAGCCCGGUCAAUCGCUGCGCGCUCCUGCGGCCGUACGUGGCGCACAGGCAGUGA